CUGCCAGGCUCGGAGCCACCUGGCCCUGCUUCCAUCAUCCCCAGCAGCUGUCUGAGGCAGCUCUUCCUGCAGGACAAGGCAGAGCUGCACUCAAGGAGUGAUGGGGAAUACCCUGAGUGUGCCGGAGGAAGCUGAGGAUGACAACACCUGCACAGUGAAGAGUUACCAGCCUCUCUCCGAGUCUCCUGACAGCACUAAAAAUGGCUCUGUGGUGUUUGCUCCGAGCCCUCCCCCGGCAGUGAACGGAGAAGCGGAUGCCAAGGCGGGUGCUGGACGGGAUAAUGCGGCCAUUUCUUCGGCGGAGACAACGGAGCAGAGCCCCGCUGCCCGGGCGGGCGGGCAGAGCCGCGGGAGCGCUGCCAGGAGGGCUCUGCCAGCUGCCAGGCCCCGCUCUGUGCUCGCCUUUCCCUGGGCUGUACCAGGGCGUUCUGAGGAGCCAGCGGCGGCUCCAGCCCCCGGAGCAGAGAGCCUUGAUGCCACCGGGCUGAACAAAGCCCCAAGUGAGGGCACACAGGGGCCCGGGGCAGCUGCGCCCCAGGAGGGAACCCAUAAAAACCUGGGCCAGGCCCCGCUCCAGGACAUCGAGCUCACGGGGACACCUGAGGGACAGGAUGUGGCCGCCCCAAAGCCCAAACAUGUGACCCUCUUCGACAGGAUCUUCAGGCUGGAGAAGGGCAAGGAGAGGACACAAGGUGACCCUCAGGAGGGAAGGCAGGGGUUGGACGUUCCCAACGGGAGCAUCACGGCCGGCACACCCAACGGGGUCCCGCUGGGCAAGGAGAUAGAUGAGUGCACCCAAAAGGACCUUGGGCAGGACUCUGCAGGUGAACAGGGCCUGGCUGCUGCAGCACCUGGAAGGGCACAGGUAGAGCAGGACAGUCCCCAGGCAGCUGCAGGACAGGGCUCAGUCAUGAGCUUCCUCAAAACACUGGUCUCCCCAAGCAAAGCUGAAGCCAAAAGUGAUUCUGAAGACAAGGGCUCCAAGGCGGAGAAGGGCCAUGGGGGGCAGCCUGCCCCGAAGGCAGCGGCAGAAUCCCCCUCCAAAGGAGCCAAGAAAAAGAAGGCAGAGAGCCCCAAGCUGGGGCACAGCACCUUUAGCAAACUCUUUAGGCACAAGGCUGCGAAAGAAACCCCACAGACAACCAACACCAAAAGCCCUGAGCAGCCUGCUGUUACCUGUGUAAAACCAGACAGGAAUGUCCCUCCCUCCCAAGAGCCGCCGGCAAAGCAGAACCCGAAAGCACCGGAGGCCGCGGCCCCUCCGCAGGGAGUGACCAGCGAAGCCCCCCGGGAGGGGACCAAGGACAAGGGCUCGGCCACUCCUCUGCCCCUGAGCAAGCUCUUCUGGAAAAAGAACUCCUCGGAAGAAGCAGAGGCUGUCAGCAAUGAGAAGGCAGAGGUGGCUCUCGAGGCGGCGGCUCCCGACAGGGACGAGAACAAGAGCGCAGAAGCCGCCGAGGUGAAACCGCGAGGGGCGGAGAGCAAAACCCCCAAGGCAAACCUGAGGAAGUUUUUUAAGCUGUCAGUCAAGGGUGGUGGAGGCACACCCAGCUCAGAAGAGGCAGAUGGCCCCAGCCCCCCUACUUUAAACGCCACAGAGAGGCCUCUUGCCCCAUCUGAGAGCGACCCUGGGGGCCAAAGGAGCAAAGAGGGCUCCAAAGACAAGAAGUCCACGGUGGAGCUGGGCAAGCAGAAGGGCAGGGAGCAGCCGGAGCCUCGGGAGCAGCCAGCAGCCGACUCCGACUCCAUCCAGAACGGCGGAGACGCCGCCAAGGAGCCCUCCUACAAGAAGACAGAGAAGAGGCAGUCCCUUGGAGGGUUUUUUAAAGGCCUUGGUUCCAAAAGGAUGUCGGACGCAGAAGUGCAGACAGAUCCCGUGUCCAUCCUCCCCGCUGGGAAAUCCAAGUAGUGCCCACCUGUGGCUGCUGAAGGGAGGCUCAGCAGCUCUCUGGGAGCUCCUGGCAGUGGAAUUGACUCCUUUUCCUUCCCAUGGCUGUCAGCAAAUGCCCAAGGAUAAAGCAAACACUGGGGUAUCAUUGCAGGUGUAUCGUUGGCAGGGUUUGUUCCUUACCUGUUGGAAAGCAGCUCUAAAGUUCCCCAAGAAAUGUGUUUAGAGAAAUGUGGAUGGUUUGAAGUGUGUAGAGGGGAGAGUAAGUCAGGUAGGAGGGUGGCAGAGAAUGAAAUAAAUGGCAGAAAAACAGAGCACGUGACAAAGGAGGGGAGCGAGGCACGAGCAGCAAAUCCUCCACUUUAGAGAGCUUGAAAGCAGCCAGGAAAAGCACCAAUCCCUUGGAAAAAUGUUAUGCUUCAAUGUAAAAACAGCCGAGCCACUUCUAGUGGGGUUUCAACAGAGCUGAAAUUAGAGCUGAACCCUUCAGUCUGAUAGAAUCAGUGGUGAAAAAGUCCUACUUCCUAUUGGUUAUUAAUGUAAAUUAAAACGCUAAAAUGCAAAGGCUUGACGUGAUUGAGGCAGCUCCUCUCUUGGCCGGGUGAAGUGGGGUAACAAAUUAAAACCGAUUUAAGGUUCUAAUAGGACACAAGAGGGCACCCACGUCCCCUAACGCCGGGCUGUGCCUGCCAGCCCAGAAUUAAUGUUCCUUAGAUCAUAGGAAACUUAGUUGUUUAUCCUGAUACUUGUUUAUAUCCAUACUUGUAAUUAAUCCUAAUAAAAACCAAAAUCGAAGCUGCCCAGGCAGCUCUCUGCUUCACAAAACUCCUGUAAUAACUGUAGUUAAUAAAUUUUACAGAAAAUUAA